AUGGAGGGUACAGUCGUUAAACUAUACGUAGAUAGAUAUAAACAUAAUGUUACAUCGAUUAAACUACAACAUUUCUUGGCACGAUUCUUCUUGACCAAUGGUGUAUCACAACAGAACAUCCUAGUUGUGGACCUCAGUGCUGAUUAUACAAAGCAGGCAGAGAUCAGGAAGCAUUGUGUAAAGAUACCUCAAUAUCCCUAUGUAGAGAUAAAUGGUCAACUAUGGGGAGAAGCGAUACAUGUUGAGGAGAGGAAAGAAGAGAUAAAGGCACUCAUACAUAUUAACUCUGGUGGAGAUCGUGAAGAGGAGAGAUCAGCAGUGUUGGAGGCAUUCAUUGAGAAUAAGGAUGUUAGUCAAGAGUCUAUAACAGAAGAGACAAGUCAGUUGAACCUGGGCUACAUCGAUACGACAAUCAAUAUUACUGAAUGGCUUUUGUUUGGAUUGGUCAAGGGUCUAUUCAGUUAUUCAUGGCAGGUCGUUGAUCCAAGUGGCGGUGGAGACAACAACACAGCGACUACAACACCACAACUGAAUGAAGGUGUGGACUUUGAGUGCGAAGUAAUCCGAACCAACUGGUACUCAAGACAUCAGAUCAGGAGGUUUAGAUUCACACCCAACUGCUUCCUCAGACUUGCCGAUGGUCAUGUUCGAGAGACCUUCCAAUAUCAAUCUGUCUUGGAGUUGACUCGAGUGGACAAUAAGAAUAUUGUUAUCAAGUUCGAAGUGUCAGAGAGCCAAUAUAUCGAAGCAGUUGAGAGCGAUGCAGACAAGAUAAUCGAUAUACUUGUGGCACGUUCCAAUCUAUCAAGGGCAAAGGACAACAUGUGGGUGAAGUCCCUGCCUACUGUAUACCAUCACACAUCCAGAACCCCGCCACCUGAAUGA